UGGCCGCCCGCUGAAGUGAUGCUAUCACAUAAACUAGCCGACGUUGGUGUAAGAACUAACAGAAAACACCAAAAAUAGUAUUUAAACGAUAUUAACAUAACAUAUUAAAUCACCGGGUAGUUUAAAUUAGAGUAUAAUACAGCGGCAGAUGCAUGGGGAUUGAUUUAUGGAUUAUAAAAAACCCACGUCGUUGUAGCUAACGAGCUAGGUUAGCCAACGGUAGCAUAGAUUAAAAGUAACCUAACUUUAAAUUGAAAUAGUGUUUUAUCUUCUCACUGAAACGAUGCUGGGGUUUCUGACGGCGAGGCAGACGGGACUGGAUGAUCCUCUGAGACUGCGACGAGCGGAGUCAACGAGAAGGGUCCUUGGUCUGGAGUUGAAUCCUGACAGAGAUGUGGACCGAAUCCAUGGAAAUGGCAUCAACUCUAUUGACAUUGAAGCAGUAGAGGGCAGAUACAUGUUAUCUGGAGGUGCAGAUGGAGUGAUCGUUAUCUACGACCUGGAGAACUUCAGUGGGAAACCACAGUACACCUGCAAGUCCGUCUGUACAGUCGGCAGGUCUAGCAAGUAUGUCCACAAAUUCAGUGUGGAGACAGUUCAGUGGUAUCCUUACGACACAGGCAUGUUUGUCUCCAGCUCCUUUGAUAAGACCAUGAAGGUCUGGGACACAGAGACACUGAAGCCUGCUGAGGUCUUUGAGUUUGAGGGCAACGUCUACAGCCACCAUCUUUCCCCCAUCGCCAGGAAGCACAGUCUCAUCGCAGUUGGCACGAAAGAACCUAAAAUCCAGCUGUGUGACCUGAAGUCUGGCUCACGGAUUCACGUUCUUCAGGGUCACAGAGCAGAGGUACUGUCUGUGCGGUGGUCACCCAGAUAUGAGCACAUCUUGGCCUCUGCCAGUGCAGACAGCAAGGUGAAAGUAUGGGAUGUACGUCGGGCCUCUGGUUGUCUCUUCACUCUGGACCAGCACAACGGAGACAAGUCGAAAGCCUCCUCUGAGGCAGUAAACACAGCCCAUAAUGGCAGAGUGAAUGGCCUGUGCUUCACUGGGGACGGCCUCUACAUCCUCACGACUGGGACUGAUGAUCGCAUGAGACUGUGGAACAGUGCCACUGGGGAAAACACGCUGGUGAACUACGGGAAAGUCAGCAACGAGAGUCGUAAAAAGCUCCAGUUCACCGUGUCGCGAGGCUGCAGCCCGGAGUUUGUGUUUGUGCCGUGCGGCAGCUCCAUCGCGGUCUACGCCCUCCACACAGGGAAGCUGGUCAGCAUGCUCAGGGGUCACUACAACAACGUCGACUGCUGCGAGUUCCACCCAGACUACCAGGAGCUGUACAGUGGAGGUAAAGACUGUAACGUCCUGGCUUGGGUUCCUGUUCUUCACCCCCCAGCUGUGGAGGAAGAGUCAGAGUCUACAAAUACGAGAGCUGCCAACCCGUCUUCAGGGAACCCUGCCCUUCAGGAUGCAUGGAGCAGCGAUGAAGAUUGAUGCUGACGUUUUGUGUGUGGAAACAAGUUUCAUAUUUUCACAAUUCACUUAAAAAUGUGAACUGUUUCAUUUAGUGCAAAGAUGAAGGCCUUGUGAAUAUGUGUGAUUUGUGUAAAUAUUUGUCCAUCUCUGUAAAUAUGCACAACGUCAUGAGUUAAUUUAGUUUUUUUUUAAUAUUUUGAUAUAACAUUCUGUUGUUCUUUUGCAAAUUCUCGUUUGAAUGUCAAGCCAACCUGAUGCUUUGUUGUACCCAUGGGGGAUAAACUCUAUUGUUUGUUCUUCUUAAAUGUAAUUCUACACCUCUCACACUCCAUAUUAGAAUGAUGUUUGUUAAAGAGAUGUUAUAGAGUUCUUUAAACAGGUUCAGUGCUUCUCCUUUAGUUUGAGUUUUCCUGCAGCUGAGCUGAGAAGAGCCGGCUCCUCACACGGGAGUAACCAGGCAUCCAUACACACAGAUCGUCUUUUUGUUAUUCCUGGGGAACAUUAGCAUUUGUAUUGCGUUAAGCCUUAACUGAAAGUAGCAGCAGGAAGCGAAACUGAAUCCCUCCCUUUC